GGGACAAGCAGCCGUUGCCAUGGGAAAUGCGUGUAAGAGUUGCAUACCAUGUAGCCCAGGCACUAGAUCAUUGUAGCAUGGAAAAUCGCAUAUAUCAUGAUUUGAAUGCAUACAGGAUUCUUUUCGAUGAGGAAGGCGACCCCCGAUUGUCUAGUUUCGGGCUUAUGAAAAAUAGUCGAGAUGGGAAAAGCUACAGUACCAACUUAGCAUAUACUCCACCUGAGUUUUUGCGGACAGGCAGGAUUAUUCCAGAGAGUGUAAUCUACAGUUAUGGAACAGUUCUUUUGGAUCUUUUGAGCGGCAAGCAUAUUCCUCCAAGCCAUGCUCUUGAUCUGAUUAGAGGUAAAAAUGCCUUGUUGCUGAUGGACUCGUCGCUAGAAGGGCAAUACGCAAAUGAUGAUGCUACAAAGUUGGUUGAGCUUGCUUCAAAAUGUCUUCAGUUUGAGGCUAGAGAACGCCCAGAUAUUAAGUUUCUUCUUACAGCAGUUGCACCUCUUCAAAAGCAGAAAGAGGUAGCAUCUCAUGUGUUGAUGGGCCUAACUAAAAACACAGCGGUGCUACCAACCAUGCUGUCACCCCUAGGAAAGGCUUGUGCAAGGAUGGAUCUCACAGCUGUGCAUGAUAUAUUGCUAAAAACAGGUUAAGAUGAAGAAGGUGCUGAGAAUGAGCUUUCGUUCCAAGAAUGGACACAACAAGUGCAAGAGAUCCUGAACACGAAAAAAUUUGGGGACAUUGCAUUCAGAGACAAGGAUUUCAAGAACGCAAUUGAGUAUUAUUCUAAGUUGGUGGUGAUGAUGUCGGUUCCUUCGGCUACUGUAUUUGCAAGAAGAGCGUUCUCAUACUUGAUGAACGAGCAGGCAGAACUGGCGUUACGGGAUGCAAUGCAGGCACAGGUGUGCAUUCCUGAUUGGCCAACAGCAUUCUACCUGCAGGCCCUUGCUCUCUCCAAGCUGGGAAUGGAGACUGAUGCUCAGGAUAUGCUCAAUGAUGGAGCUGCCUUUGAAGCCAAGCGGUCUAACAGUUGGCGUGGUUAACUUGUGCUUAUUUUGCUAAUUAGUAAGGCGCUAGUUUAGGAAGUUAGUGACCAGUUCAGGUGUCAUUGUGCAAUAUCAAGUAUAGAUUCUCCCUUUUACAGAUGAGUCCUGUAGAUUGAAUUUUCCUCAGAUCAAAUAAGUUGAUCUUCCGCUCACUUUCACUA